GCAGCGGAAUUUUUAUUUAAUAUUUCAUUUUCCUAUUAAAGCUGGAUUCGUGUUAGGGAAGCUUUUCAUGUUAUUUCAGAGUAUUAAAUGUACGCGUAACUCAUAACUGAAAAGAGAAAUAUUACAGGUUUUAUUUAUGCUAAAUAAAUUAAAUACUUACUAUUUUGGUAUAAGUAAAUUGUUUAAAUGAACAAUUUUAUAUAUUCAAGGAAUAGGGGAUAAAAUUAAACCAGCUUCCAGUCAUAUUCUAAGAUAGCAGCUGCAGAUUUUAUACCACAAUGGACGAGUCAUUAAGGCAUAACAACCCGACUCCUAGGUUGCGAGCGAACUUCCUUUCAAAAUUGCUUUACUGGUGGAUGAACCCUAUCUUUAAAAUAGGUAAUAAAAGAAGGUUAGAAGAAGAUGAUAUGUACAAUGUCACUCGCGACGAAGAAUCAAAAUACCUGGGAGAUGAACUGGAAAGAGAAUGGCAAAAGGAAACGCAAAAAUACCAAGAUUCCGGAAAGAACCCUAGCCUAAUCAAACCAUUGUUUAGGAUAUUUGGAUAUACUUAUAUCCUGUAUGGAAUUCUGCUCCUUUUUGAGGAAGCCACGAUAAUUAUUCAGCCAAUACUGCUCAGUGGACUGAUACGAUAUUUUACGACAGACUCGCCUGUGUCCAAAGCAGAAAGUUAUAUGUAUGCUGGAGGUGUUGGGUUUUGUGCUUUUAUUCAGGCUUUCACACAUCAUCCCUAUUACCAUGGCGUUCAGAUGAUAGCAGUGAGGAUGAAAAUAGCAUGUUCCUCGCUUAUUUACAAAAAGUCGCUGAGGUUAAGCAGUGAAGGUCGCAGACAGACAACUACAGGACAGAUUGUCAAUCUUCUUUCAAAUGACGUUACAACUUUCAAUCAGCUGAUGACGAUGUUACAUUUUGUCUGGAUCGGCCCAGGUGAGGUCAUUAUAGUCUUGGUAAUAUUAUGGCUUCAAAUAGGUCCACCGGCGGUAGCUGGAUUUCUGGUGGUAUUUUUGAUGGCUCCUCCUUUACAGUUGAUUGGAAAGCUGAUAUCGAAGUACAGGUUCGUUUUUGUGUUAUAUAACUUGAUAGAAAGUUUCUAUUACACCGAGCUUGCUUUACUUGUACGAUGUUUAGUGAUGUAA